UGUCAGUUUCAUUCAAGAGUUUCUGCCAAUCGGUCGCAUAACAGAAUUCGUCCUCUGCCCUGCUCACUCACACGAACAGAGAGACAGACUGAAGUGAAACCUUUUUCCGCCUUCACUGUCAGUCGCAGUGUGGGAAGGUUAGUGGAGGAAAAAAUCGUAUUUUUUUCGUGAUAAUUUUCGCGAAUUUGGUGGCUCUUUUUCCGGAUUCGACGGGUUUCGGGGUGGGGAAUUGGUGAAGUUUAAGUGCGAGUGGAAAAAGUGCCGAAAGUUGCUCCAGAAGUGACGUUUUUGCAGCGAGAAGUGCGCGACGAAAAAAAACAUGAACAGAAUGGCCACCAAGAAAGCAUCCCUCGGGUAUGGAGACGACGAGGAGAACGAAGAUUCGUCCGGUUCCGACUUUGACGAGGAUGAAGAUCCAGAUGAGAUAGAAGUGCCAGGUGGUGGCAAGGAUCUGGCCACGGUGGCCACACUCACCAAAAUCAAGACGGAAGUACCAACGCCCGCGUCGUCACCGGCGGCCUCGAACGUGUCCUCCAAAGCUAGCGGUAAGAUUCCGGCCGGCCUGAUCAAGAAGGCAGCCGGAAGCUACGAGGUGAUCAAACAACCGACCAUUCUGAAACAGCCCGGAGUUGGCAGCAGUGUGUACGGAGCCAGUGGUAGCAGCAGUGGAAUGGGCACGUCGUCCAUCGCUGUUGCCGGUGGCAGUGGGUCGGGAACAGCCGGAACGUCGCUUCCACCCGGGGCGACCAGCAUUCUGGGUGGGCUCGGAAGUUACUAUCCGCCGAGUAUUGCCACUCUGCUGGCGCAGAUGGGAAUGGCCGCAACACUGGGCUAUGGCGGUGGUUCGUCGGCGACCAGCAUGAACCAGCUGACGAGCAACCAGAUCAUGAUGGAACACCUGAAGGCGCUGGUCACGGCCAACCCGCACUACCUGACGAGUGGGAUUCCGAAUAACCUGCUCUCGCAGAUCUUGAUGGCCGACCCGAGCAAGGUACAGCAGCACCAGCAGCAACAACAGGCUGCACUGAACAAUUAUAUGAACCAAGUUCCUGAGGAGGAGGAAGCGGAAGAUGAAGAGCUUGGCGUGGCAGAAACGUACGCCGAGUAUUGGCCCUCAAAGUUAAAAAUCGGUAAAAAGCACCCGGACCAGGUGGUCGAAACGGCGUCGCUCUCUUCGGUGGAACCCUCCAACGUGUACUACAAGCUGUCGAUCCCGCCGGAAACCAUCAACGGUGGUCUGCUGAGCGCCCUCCAGCUCGAGUCGAUCACGUACGCUAGUCAAGCCCACGAUCACCUGCUGCCGGACGGAUCGCGGGCCGGUUUCCUGGUGGGUGACGGUGCCGGUGUGGGCAAGGGUCGUACCAUCGCCGGCAUCAUCUUCGAGAACUAUCUGAAGGGGCGCAAAAAGUCGAUCUGGAUCUCGGUGUCGAACGAUCUGCGGUACGACGCGGAGCGGGAUCUGCGCGACAUUGGCGCGAACCGGAUCCAGGUUCACGCGCUGAACAAGCUCAAGUAUGCCAAAAUCAACUCGACGGUGAACAACAACACCAAGAAGGGCGUCAUCUUCGGCACGUACUCGGCGCUGAUUGGCGAGUCGCAGAGCACCAGCGGCAAGUACAAGACGCGCCUCAAACAGCUGCUGCAGUGGUGCGGCGACGACUUUGACGGGGUGAUUGUGUUUGACGAGUGUCACAAGGCGAAGAACCUGUGCCCGGUGGGGUCGAGCAAGCCCACCAAGACGGGGCUGACGGCGCUGGAUUUGCAGAACAAGCUGCCCAAGGCGCGCGUGGUGUACGCUUCGGCGACGGGCGCCUCCGAGCCGCGAAAUAUGGCCUACAUGGUGCGGUUGGGAAUUUGGGGCCAGGGAACGCCGUUCCCGUCGUUUAUGGACUUUAUUACGGCCGUUGAGAAGAGAGGUGUCGGCGCGAUGGAAAUCGUGGCGAUGGACAUGAAGCUCCGCGGGAUGUACAUUGCUCGGCAGCUCAGCUUCCACGGCGUCACGUUCAAGAUCGAAGAGGUACCGCUGACGAAGGAGUUUAGGCAGGUUUAUGACGAGUCGGUUGAACUGUGGGUGGAAUCGAUGCAGAAGUUUACGGAAGCGGCCGAACUGAUUGACGCCGAGAACCGUAUGAAGAAGACGAUGUGGGGACAGUUUUGGUCGGCGCAUCAGCGUUUCUUCAAGUACCUGUGCAUCGCGUCGAAGGUGAACCACGCCGUUAAGGUGUCGCGCGAGGCGAUCAAGUACGGCAAGUGCGUCGUGAUCGGUCUGCAGUCUACGGGAGAAGCGAGAACGUUGGAGCAGCUGGAGCGAGACGACGGAGAACUGAACGACUUUGUGUCGACAGCGAAGGGAGUGUUUCAGUCGUUGGUGGAGAAGCACUUCCCGGCGCCGGAUCGAACGAGGAUCAACAGACUGCUGGGGAUAGAGGCGCCGAAGAAGACGCAGUUAGAGCGGAUCUUGGAGGAGAUUGAUUCAAAGCCGUCGGCCAGCAGCGGUGAUCUGAAGCGGAAGAAUCAAGUUGUGGGACGAGUUGGAGCUGCCAAACCUAAGAAAUCCCGGCGCAACUCGUCGGACGAAGAUUCCGACAGUGAGGAGUCGGAUGAUGGUGGGGGCAAGAAGGGCUCGGAAAGCGAGGCGGAAGACAGUAAUCACGAUUCGGACAGUGCCCGAAGCAGCGAUUACAAUCCGUUCUAUUCCGGCUCGGACAGCGACGACGAUCCGUGGGUGGGCAAGACGAGCAAGGUGAAACCGAAGAAGCCAAAAAGCCCGAAGAAGAAACCGGUUUCAACGCAGGACAAAAUUCAAGCUCAUCUUUCGAAAAAACAGACUGAAACCAAACCUGUGAUGUUCCAGGCCAGCAACGGCAUUUCGAUCCAGCUGGGACCGCCGCCAAAGGACGCGAUCGAACGAGCCUGCCAGAUGAAGGACGAACUGCUGGCGAAGAUCGAGCGACUUGGUGACCGACUGCCGGCCAACACGCUGGAUCAGCUGAUCGAUGAACUGGGAGGGCCGGAGAAUGUAGCCGAGAUGACUGGCCGAAAGGGACGCGUGGUUCAGAAUGACAACGGAACAAUCCAGUACGAAUCCAGGUCCGAGCAGGACGUCCCGCUGGAGACGCUCAACAUAACGGAAAAGCAACGCUUCAUGGACGGUGAGAAGGACGUGGCCAUCAUUUCCGAGGCCGCUUCCAGUGGUAUUUCGCUGCAAAGCGAUCGACGCGUACGAAACCAGCGGCGUCGAGUCCACAUAACGCUCGAGUUGCCCUGGUCGGCCGAUCGAGCUGUGCAGCAGUUUGGUCGUACGCAUCGAUCUAACCAGGUCAACGCACCCGAGUACAUGUUCCUUAUAUCCGAUCUCGCCGGAGAGCGCCGCUUUGCCUCCACGGUGGCCAAACGGCUUGAAUCGCUCGGUGCGCUCACGCACGGCGAUCGUCGCGCGACGGAAACCCGCGAUCUUUCUCAGUUUAACAUCGACAACAAGUACGGCCGGUCUGCGCUCGAGUCGGUGAUGAAGACGAUUAUGGGCUACGAGCAGCCGCUGGUACCUCCGCCCAGCGACUACAAGGGCGACUUCUUCAAGGACAUUGCCGGAGCGCUGGUCGGCGUGGGGCUGAUCGUCAACAGCGAGCAGAUGCCGGGCGUGUUGAGUCUGGACAAGGACUACAACAACAUUUCAAAGUUCCUAAAUCGAAUCCUUGGCAUGCCGGUCGAGCUGCAGAACCGGCUAUUCAAGUACUUUACCGACACGCUGGUGGCCAUCAUCGACCAGGCGAAGAAGCGCGGCCGGUUCGAUCUCGGCAUUCUGGAUCUCGGAGCGGCCGGGGAGAAUGUAACCCGCGUCAAGAUUUCACGCUUUAUCCGGAAGCACUCGACGGGUGUCGCGCCGACGGAACUGCACACCGUGCAGGUCGAGCGCGGAAUGAUCUGGCAGGAGGCCAUCGACAAGUGGGCCGAUCUGGGCGGCGAACGGGAAGGCUUCUACAUCUCCAAGCAGGCCCGCAACGGUAAGUACACGGCGGUCCUGGCGGUGGAAAUCGAAGCCGCCCCGCCCAAGUCCAACCUCGGAUCGAAGAAGAAACUGCCGGAAGGCAAGAGCAAGAAGGACAUCAUGUUCCAAAUCUACCGACCCAACACGGGCCUGCAGUUCAAGCACGAGUCGCUGGACGAGCUGGAGAAAAAGUACAAGAAGGUGCUGAGCGACGAGGCGGAGUCGCACUGGACGCAGCAGUACGACGCGUCGGUCAACACGUGCUCGCACAGCUACUGGAAGGGCAUGUGCCGGUACGUCACGAUGGGGCAGGAGUGCGAGGUUGGCCUGCGGCGGCGAACGUACUACGUGCUCUCCGGGUCGGUCCUGUCCGUGUGGGCCCGGGUCGAGAACAGUUUGGCGGCGCGCGUCGGCAACCAGAACCGGAUGCAGGUAAUCAGACUGAAAACCAAGGAAGGGAUCAAAAUCGUCGGUACGCUUAUUCCCAAAAAUUGCGUAGAACACCUCGUCAAGGAUCUGAGCUCGGACGCGGAAAAGGUCGAGGAGCAGUCGUUUGCGGUCAAGUGAAUUCGUUCGUUCGUUCGUUCGUUCUAGCUUGUUACCCACCUUACAAGAGUCAUAAAAUAGUAGCAACCUACCAUUAUUAGCAGCAUCAGCAGCAGCAAACAUACUUAUUCUUCACACUGUAGUCGUCGCCCCUUGGAUAGUGUGUUUUGUGUGCGUUUUUUUCCGCAAGUUUUUUCAAUGUGGUAUGAGUGUGUGAGUGCGAAAGUCGUGUUUAGAACAAACCAAAUUAGGAAUUUCCACCCGUUUUUAGAAAGACAAUUUUCGGAAGCAAGUUUCUCUUUCACCGCGGAACAACAUAUGAUAUGAAGACGCGUUAAGCAUUGUAAACUGAUUUGUUUUAUUUUGUUUUAAUGAGAUAAAAUCUAUUAUGUACAAAGCACACAUCAGUAGAAAUUACCCGCUAGGACUUUUAGGGCAUAAGUUAUUAUUGCUAUGAUACAGUAUAGUGAAUAAAAAAAAAUCGUUGUGAUGAAGA